AACUAGUAUAAAAUUCAACACUCUCUCUUCUAUCAAGUUUAGCAACAAAGCUAUUUCAUAAAACCUAAAAUAAGAGAAAGAAAAUCCGGCCGAAGCCAAGUUUCCGGUGACCGGGAAAUAAAACAUCACCGGAAAAUAAUCCCUAUACACAAUCUAAUAACCAUUUUCGAGUUGCGAAAAUAAUUAAUUUUUGGGGAUGAUGGGAUUUCGCAUAUGCCCUUUGGGAUCUCCUGCAAGGCUAUUAUGGAGUAGUACUAGCUUCUUCCGUCAUAGGAUCUUGCUCUUUUGAUGCACUAAAAAAUCACCAACUUUUAAUCUUUUUUUGUUGGUGUUUUUUUAGAAACAUUUUAAAACUAUUUAUUUUGCUACAUUUAGCAAAAUAAAUACAACCUUUUAGUCGAAUAAUUAUGGAAAGAGAUUUGGAUUCUGGUAGUCUUUUCUUUGAUUCUUUGGCUAAUCGUACAAACAUGCUCUUCCUAGGGAACACCAAUCUCAUCUUUCCAGGCAUAAGAACAACGAUGAUCAACAUGGACAAGAAGCGACCAUUUUUAAACUUGCCGGAUGAAAUGAUUAACGAUGAUGGAUAUUAUUUCGACGAACAGUUGCCUGAGAAGAAACGAAGACUAACUCCUGAACAGGUAGUAUUACUGGAGAAGUGUUUUGACGAGGAGAAGAAGGUAGAACAAGAGAGGAAGAGUGAACUGGCAAAGAAGCUAGGGUUGCAGCCAAGACAGGUGGCGGUGUGGUUCCAAAACCGGCGAGCGAGGUCGAAAAGUAAGCAGCUUGAGAGAGACCUUGAUGCCCUUAAGGCUUCUCAUCACACUCUUUUAUCCGAAUAUCAAUCUAGGCUCAAGGAGCGUGAUUUGCUCAAAUCUAAGGUAGAUUCAUUGAAAGAGAAGCUUCAAUCCAUUAAGGGGGAAAUUGAAGGCCCAAUAACUAGCCCAAUAGAAUCACUUCAAGUAGAUGGGCCUACUAUACAAGCCCAACAACAGUUGAGUAAGAUUGAAGAUAGGUCAAGUUCAGGAAGUGGAGACAGUGCAGUGGUAAAUGAAGAGAAUAACCCCCAAAAUAUGAUAGAUAGUGGAACUUCAUAUUUUGACUGCCAUCCUCCUUCUCCAUACAUGGUUGCCGUGCAGUCGGAGGAAGACGAUAUCAGCAUCGACGGCAGAACAAACUUCUCUAACAUCAUCACCGUUGCUGCAACAGUGGCUAAUGAUUCUGAUCAUCAUCAACUACACGAAGAAGAAGAAGAAGUUGGACAAGGGUUCGGGUGGUGGGUUUGGGCAUGACCACCUUCAUUCAUUUUUUGUCACCAUGCAUGCAUGCAUGAUGCAUAAGUUAAAAUAUCAACAUUACCCUUCUGUUUUUAAUAUAAUGUCUGUUAUUUGCUUUUGCUUUUGCUUUUAUGUAAUUUUUAAGCAAAGGAAACAACAAAAAUGAUAACGUCAAACCAAAAUGUAUUUUAUUUUUCAAUACGUACAUUUAAUAUUUUGACA